AUGUUUCACCUGGCUAAGGGACUAUACGCUAAUUGGAAUAGAAAAGAACAAUACUCAAUUCUAAUACUAGGUUUAGAUAAUGCAGGGAAGACUACUUUCUUAGAAUCGUUAAAGAAUCAAUCAUCUUUAAAAUCAAAACCAUUAGAAAAAAUCACACCUACCGUUGGGCAAAAUAUUGCAUUGGUCCCCGUACCGAAUAAACCUAAUGUAUUAUUGAAAUUAUGGGAUGUUGGUGGACAAGAAUCCUUAAGAGCUAUGUGGCCAGAAUAUUAUUCACAAUGUCAUGGUAUAAUAUUUGUAGUAGAUAGUACAGAUAGUGAACGUAUGGAUGAAUGUAAGAGAACUUUAACUUCUAUUGUGAUGGAUGAUGAAGUAGAAGGAAUACCCAUCUUAAUGUUAGCUAAUAAACAAGAUAGACCUGAUAGAUUAGAGAUACAAGAUAUUAAAGAAAUUUUUAAUCAAAUUGCUGAACAUUUGAGUGCAAGAGAUAGUCGGGUAUUACCGGUUAGUUCAUUGACAGGAGAAGGUAUCAUGGAUGCAUUGAAUUGGUUAGUUUUAAGAUUAGAAAGAAAUAAGAAAAAUAGACCUCCUCAAUAUAAAUGA